UGAUACUCCUGUGAAUGUUGACAAACAAAUUUGAAUUGCUUUCUACACGAGAAUUCGUAUGUAUGCGACAAUAAAAUUUAUAACAAAAUAAUAAUAAACUCAGUUAGAAAAAGAAUAGAUAAGAACAAUUAAAAAUAAAUUAUACGUGUACAUGCGUGUCUUUGUAACCUGUUCGUUGCAUCAAGACACUGGAUAUUUCCAAAAAUGUUGCACGAAAUCUUAUUGUCCCUCUGGGGAUGUUCAACCAGUGCGUCGGAGAUGAUAAAAAGAGAAACAGAGUCUAUAGAAUUGGAUAAAUAUUUACAUCCCGGAGAACAAGCGCUGCUCAAUAAAAUAUUGGACGUUGCAAAGGCCUGCAAUGUUGUGAGAGAUUUUAUACACGCGGUCUGCAGCGAGGAUGCAAAUGAGUAUACAAUUCCUGGUUUGUAUAUACGCGCUCUGUGCGACGGAAUGGAUCAAGCACUAGAGCCAUUUAGGAAGGAAAUAGUUGAAUUGGAGAACACGGUUUUGAACAACAGCCACACACCUCUGUCAUUAAUUUAUUGCAACGUCGACAAGUAUUCUUGUUUAUUUUCUCUUCUGCAUUCUAUUAUCAGUGAGAUUCGCACACAGAAACUUCACGGUUGCAAAUUGCUGCAAUGUCUGCAUCAGCGCAUGCACACUGGCAUACCCGAGAUCAACUCUACCUUAGAAUUAAUGGCUCAUUCCGUUCACAUUGUUUUCUACAAGCAUCUAACGAGCUGGUCGUUGUACGGCCGCCUGGAAGAUCCCUACAAGGAAUUCUUCAUACAAAAAGUAUCGAGUUGCGAGAAUAUUGUAAAGGAGAAUGAAAAGAACGACAUGGACACGCACGAGAGUAGCAAAACUUUCGGCGACGACAUGUGGGACUACGAUGUCCAGAUAGACAUGCUUCCUUCUUACAUCAGGCCAUCACUGGCAACCAAGAUCCUGACUAUCGGUCAGACGGUCAUCAUGUUUGGAAACGAUCCGAGGCAGAAAAAAGAUUUUAGCACGAUGUCCAAGACAGAGAACACCGUGUGGGGUGACAAAGAGUACGAGUAUUUCAGAAAACUGCAGCAUCUCCAGGCCAAGUUUGUGUUCAAUAUCGUCGAAUUCGAUCGUACGAUCAACGAGUUGAAGCAAUGCGUGACCGAACUUCUGUGGCACGUCGCUGUCGAGGAGGCCCAACUGAUGCAGCAGCUCAAGCUGGUGAAAGAGUUCUUCCUGAUGGGACGCGGCGACUUCUUCUUGGAAUUCAUCAAGCUGACGGCGCACAUUCUGAACAAGACGCCUACCAGUCACACGUCCCGAGACAUCAACCUCGCGUUUCAAAUGGCGUUGAGGAAGAUGCACCUAAAUGAUGAAAAUGCCAUAGAUAGUUUUACUUUCGCGGUGCCCGUGCCGGUUUGCGAAAACGAAGACGUCGAUACGGACGACACUGAUUUUCACGAUAACGAGAAAGCAGAUCCUAACGAAAAACGUGGAUGGGGCAUGAUUACAUUGAAAUACAAAGUCGUUUGGCCGUUGCAUCUGUUGUUUAGUCCAGCCGCGCUAAACGAUUACAACACUUUGUUUCGUUUUUUGCUGAGAGUUAAAAAGACUCAGAUCGAUUUGUGGAAUCUCUGGAGUGAACACAUGCAUCAUAAAAAUAUCGAAAUCGGAGUGAUCCAAUUGCGAAACAAUCUGAUAUUUAUUGUUGACAACUUGCAGUAUUAUCUGCAGGUAGACGUGAUGGAAAGUCAGUACACCGUGAUGGAAGCAAAUAUGAGGAACACGCGAAAUUUUGAAGACAUACAGAAAGCGCAUUCCGUAUUCCUGGCUAACGUCAUGUCGCAGACAUUCUUGCUAGGCAGUGGAACGGAAAAAAGAAAUCCGGUGAACAAAUUAAUACAGCUUUUGUUACGACUGUGCGACGAUUUCAUCUUGCAAGCUUCCAUGUGGGAAGUCGGCAAUCUGUUCGUGACCGAGAAAGAAGAGCUCAAGACACUCUCCGACACUCUCGACAGCUUGAUGGACUGGUUAACGAAGACGUUGAACAGAGUGCGCGCACAACCGAGCGGAGAACACUUGGCUCGAUUACUGUUGAGACUCGAUUUCAACAGAUGGUUCAGUAAAAAAGUUUAAAGGAAGUACAAAUUCAUUUGCAACAAAUCGCAAGCAAGUUGCGUUGCUUCGAAAAAGACUUAACAUGACCUCCGAAGCUAGGAUCUCUUAUUCAUGCAAC